AUGUUUUAUAUGUUGUCUACUAAACUUCAUGCUAUACUUUUUUUGUCUUUUUUCCAAACUUUUGAAGACAUUAUGAAAAUUCAUAUCCUUUUUCUUAGUUUCCCACUGAUAUUUGAUUUUACAAGCCCGAGCACCCAUAUUAUGGUAUUACUCCACGGUGAGCUAACAAACUUCCUAAACUUCACCGAGAAAACUGUGAAUUGGUCUAGUUGCGUAACAAACUGCCACAAUAAACUGGACUGUAUUGUGGCAGGGUUUGAAAAUGGAACUUGUAAACUUUUUGAGAUCGGUAAACUUUCCACGAUUAAAAGAUUGAAUUCCCACUACGGGAAGAUGGUGGCAGUUAAGACAGUCACCAACUUGACCAGUUGUGACUAUUCCACCAAUGGCAACGUGUUGCAAGGAUUUAUAAACCAUGAUCAGCCAUACAAUGUAACGAUAUCUCAGAACACUUGGAUCAUCCAGAAACCUCCCAAGUGCCCGGAGAACUUUGAAAUGUUUCAUAGACUUAAAGGAUUAUGGUGCAUCGGGGUAAUUAACAAAACUUUGACAUCUCAAGAGGAAAGUUCCGAUUUUUGCAAAUCGGAGUACAAUGGAGUGCUGAAUGCAUUUGAUAACGAAACUGAAAGGGAUUUUGUAUUCAGAAGAACGAAUGGUUCGGUGUCUCCUUUGAAUGAACAUGGCGAUGCAUACUGGGUGAAUGGGGUGAGGAAGGAGAGUUGCAGAAACAAUGAUAAAAUAGGAUCAGAUUGUGAUGGAAUUAAGGCUUUCAACAUAACGGACCCACUGAUCACUGAAGUCUACAACAACUGGGUUGAAGACCAAGUGAUUGGCACGCUGGACAACUGUCUUGUUUACCGGGUUGCAGCAACCCAAGGAAAAUCAACCGUUGCCGUUCCGUGUGACUGGGUGGUGGCCUACGCGUACCGGUUGAAGGGAUUUGUAUGUGGGACGCGGCCGGUUUAA